AUGACUGAGCAAAAGACUAUGGAGGGACGGCUUGCGAUUGGCGAACGGGAAGUUGGCGAGGGACUUGAAUCUUCCGAAAAAAACUUCGAGGAGUUUGAUUUCAAAUGCGGGCACACUCCCGCAGCAGAUACACUUUUACGGGAAACCAUUAGUCAACUAGAAACCGCGUUACGCGAGUCUACAAAGCUGUUAGCCCAACGGGACAACGAAAUUAACAGUUUACGAAACGAUCUUGAUUCGUGCCGUCGAAAUAGCGAUGGAAACGUCAGCGCCGCCCUUGAAGAGGAAGUAAAGAAUUCUCAGAAACGAGUUCUCGAUCUGGAAAAGGUUAUACAACAGCUUCAACAAGACAUCGCCAUUUACAAAGCAGAGCGAGAGAGCAUGCUAACGAAUGCUGAUCAACUUGAAGAUGAAACUGUCUCGGGACAGACUUGUUAUUGCGGGUCGCUGUGUGGUGCCAUGAAAGAAAUGGUUGAAUUGAAAAAGAAACUGCAAGUAACAGAACAAAAGUACAGCAAUCUCAAACGAGCUUUCAAGAGUUUGGAACGAAGUAAGGUGAGGGUUGGCGUCGCACAUCGGGAUAGCCCUUGUAAUAUUAGCUAA